AUGGAGGACUGGAAACGGCCCAUAAACGACUACGACGUCAUUUUAGAUACCCACGGCCACAAAGUGUCUAUAAAUAUAAAUGUUCCCAAACUUGCCGCAGAAAACCUACACUUCCAGACAUGGGGUUCGGCGAGAGUCCUCGCUGGCCAGCUGCACACUAUUCCUCUCGACAAAGAUACCUUCAGAGACGGCAAAGUAGGCGUUAACAUUCUCGAGCUCGGCGCCGGCACAGGCCUUGCUGGACUUGCCGCCGCCGCGUUAUGGCAAACCGAAACCAUCCUCACGGAUUUAGCGCCGUUCGUGCCAGGACUGGCUCGAAAUAUCGAAGUCAACCAACAAGCCCUCUCAGAACGCGGCGCGAAAGUCCUGAGUGGAGCUCUGGACUGGAAUGCACCAGCCGAACUACCACUAUUCAGCGAUGAUCCAGCAAAACCCGACCGAAUACUGAGCAGUGACACCGACAAAGCAAGCGUCAUCAUCGCCGCAGACACACUCUACUCGGAGGAGCACCCCAGAAUGCUUGCAAGCGCGAUUUUUGCGUGGUUGAAGAGAAGUCCAGAAGCGAGGGUUAUCGUUUGCUAUCCUUUGAGGGUGGCGUACCUGGAUAUCAUCCGGGAUUUGUGGCAAGUACUUGAGGAAGGGGGACUUGAGGCGCUGAUAGAGGGGAAAGAGGAGAUCAAGGACGAGGUUUGGGACGAUGAGCGGUUGCAUGAGUGGUGUGUGUUUCGUUGGAAAGAGGGCAGCUGA